GAUUUCUGGUGUUACGGUGAUCAUCUGCGCAAUGCGAAAUACCUAAAACCCUGUACCGUUCUAUGGAGGUAAAAAUGGAGAGUGAAACGCUCUCCGACGAGUUCACCUCCUUCUUGGACUCCGGAAUCUAUCGCCUUCCGGGGAUCAAAGCUGUCUUUCUAGAUCCAGUUCGUCUUCUCAACCUUUCCUAUACCCGUUAUUCGAUUUCUGCUUCCGGUUACUAUUGCCGCACCUUCGAUUCCUUGGGGAAAGGGAGAAGAACAAACAUAGAAGCGGGCGAUUCAUAUGUGCCCAAGAAGAAGAAGCGGAAGCGGAAGCGGAGGCUUCCCGAGGACCUCAAUGGGCAAGAAUUAGUCGCCGAGAAACGCCAUCAGGAUGUACGGCCUUUUUUGCUCAAGGCUCACGAGGCAUUACUUGGUACAACUGAGCUUCUUUUAUUCCUUCCCAAUCUAGUUAAAGACGAGAAGUUCAGUAUUGAUGGAAGAGGGCUGGAGCAGAGCUUUAUUGAACUGGGAAGAGUAUGGCAGGCACCACUUUACGAGAUAUCUAUGAACAUCGAAGGGAACAGCAAGGAAGUGCAAGAGGAAGGUUUGCCAAAUGUGGAUUCUAGUGGAAGGACAGUUGCUCCUCUUUUUAAUAACUUGAUUAGUAAUAAAGCAUCUAUUGAUAUGGAUGCUGAAUUUCUUAAUCGGAUAUAUAUACUACCAAGAAAAAGCUGUUUUCAUACGUCUGAUUUGAGACAAAUCCAUGAUCUCAUUCCUGGUUCUUCUGAUCAAGGCUUUAAUCUAAUUGUUAUUGACCCACCAUGGGAAAAUGGAAGUGCUUAUCAAAAAGCAGUGUACCCGACAUUACCAAACCGAUACUUCCUAUACCUCCCUAUCAAACAACUUGCUCAUACAGAGGGAGCCCUUGUUGUAUUAUGGAUGACAAAUAGAGGGAAGCUUCGUGCUUUUGUUGAACAAGAAUUAUUUCCAGCUUGGGGAGUGACUGAUAUCAAAACUUGUUACUGGUUGAAGAUAAAACCCGAUGGUUCUCUGCUUAGUGACUUGGACUUGAUUCAUCACAAACCGUACGAAUACCUUCUUCUUGGCUAUGUCAAUAAAGAGAAAAUUGAACCACAUUUCAUCCAAAAUUUUCAAGAUAUCCAAAUCUUCAUCAGCAUCCCUGGUGCUUAUUCACGGAAACCUCCACUGGGAAGUAUCCUAAUUCCUAGCGUAAACGUUUCAGUUUCUGUAGGGCUAAAAUUACUAGCCUUCUUUAGAUCAAAACAUAUGCAUAGCUUUUUAGUGCGUCUUCCUGUGCCUUCAGGAAUGCAGGGGACUCUUGUGGCAUUUCUUUACUAUUAAAAUUAGUUUUAGGUAAUCAGAUAUCAUCAUUAAACAGAGGUCUUCCGAUGAGCAUAUACGUGAAAAGGUUAGAGUAGCUCUAGUCGAAGAUAAGAUUAGAGAGAGUUGCCUUAGAUGGUUUGGUCACAUUAAACGGAGGCCUUACGAUGACGCGGUUAGGAAAGUUGAGAUAUUAAAUUUGACUUAUGUUACAAAAGGUAGAGUAGACCUCAAAAGACUUGGUUAGGAAAUAUUAGAAAUAAUCUUUCUUUAUUAGAUUUAAAUGAGAAUUUGACUUUUAACAGGACACAAUGACGAAAAAGAAUUCAUAUAGCCGACCCCACGUAGUGGGACAAAAACUUGAUGUUGUUGUUGUAAACAGAUAUCAUCAUUGGCAAUAUUAAUCAACUUCUCAUUUUCUUGCAGUACAGUAGCCACCUUUGCAGUCUGAGAUAUUUAAUUUGUUUUAAUGUUGUUUUUCUUUUUAAGUAAAACAUUUGCAUAGUCAUACCGUUACGACUGCCUGAACUUCAAACCAAUGCAGUGAGUGCAUUUGCCAUUUCAUUAUAGCUAGUGCUUUUUGGAUGCUCACGAGAGUGAGGCUUAAUCCCACAUAAAAGUUAAUUAAGAUUUCAGUUUGUAAUAUAUUUGAGUUGAUAGAUGUCCAAUCUCUAAUAUAUUGGUUUCAACUUGGGCAUUGCUGUGUCACUCUACUAACAAUAUCCCUAAGCAACUUCAUUGUGGGAUUCAUAAACUAAGGCUUCGUUUGGGACGACUUUCCUACUGCUUCUUAUAGCAGUUUUCUAGCGUAAAAAUUAAAUUUUUUGUACUAAAAAGCUGCUUUAAGAAGCAAUAAGAAAGUCGUCCCAAACGAAGACUAAUUGUUAGUGCCGAUCUUCUUGUUAUCUUCAGUACAUUAAAAAAAAAAGUAUCAAUUUGCAAACGUAGUUAACUUCGAUGAAUUUGAUUUGUUUUCCAAACUUCCAUCGGUAUUGGUUGAUUUGUCUUAUAUUUGAAUUGAGGAUAACAUUAAAGAUAUCUUUCUAGCUGCUGUUCUUAACUU